CAUAUUGCAACCUCACGUUUUGUUUAUCUCUUUGAGGCGAAGUUUAUUUGUAGAGUUUGUAACACAAAUUUUUCUAAUUUUAAUCAUUUUGGAUUUUUUUUUACCGUCUCGAGUUGAAAUGUCGAUCCCAUUAUUUCCGGAUUUGGUGCCGAGGAUUAUCGACCCACUUUGGUUUAGUGUCGACAGCCCUUGCAACGACGAAACCGAACUCAUACAACUCGAGCACGAACACAAAAACUGGCUGGCCAAAAUCACGCAGAAAGAUGCCGACAUCCUGCCAAUAGGAAAAACUGCAAUAGAGCGAGGUGAAGAAGAGGAAGAAGACGACGACGACGAUGACGAUUCGAACGAAGAAGAAGAGAGUGAGACGCAGGACGAAGAAGACGAAGACAUGGAAGUCGACAUCCCGUACGACCGAGGAGAACCUGGUCCUGGCAUUGUCCAGACAUGAGCCUCACAAGACUUCUGAUGACUUAUACCUCUUAUAACUGCUGUACAAAUUUAUUUACAAUAAAAAAAUUAUAUGUGA